AUGCGUGUCCCAGGUCGUUGUACGGUUGUUUCGGAUAGCAAUAGUAGCUUAAAAAAUUUGCGACGACAACAAUUUGAUUGUGGUAGCAAUAAAUUACUACCACAACAACAGCAUCGUUGUAUUCCACUUGAGCAUUUCCAUGAUGGUAUCGUAGAUUGUCCUGAUGGAAGUGAUGAGUGUAAGUUUAAUGAUUGA